AUGGCAGGAAAAGGAGAGGGUCCUGCUAUCGGAAUCGAUCUCGGGACCACAUACUCUUGUGUCGGCGUCUGGCAACAUGACCGCGUUGAAAUCAUUGCCAACGACCAAGGCAACAGAACGACGCCGUCUUACGUCGGAUUCACUGACACCGAGCGUCUCAUUGGUGACGCCGCCAAGAACCAAGUCGCCAUGAAUCCCAUCAACACUGUUUUCGAUGCCAAGAGGUUGAUUGGUCGUAGAUUUAGUGAUGCCCCAGUUCAGAGUGAUAUCAAAUUGUGGCCUUUUAAGGUCAUUGCUGGUCCUGCUGAUAAGCCAACUAUUGUAGUUAACUACAAGGGUGAGGAGAAACAAUUUGCUGCUGAAGAAAUUUCUUCUAUGGUGCUCAUGAAGAUGCGUGAGAUUGCUGAGGCUUACUUAGGGUAUACAGUAAAGAAUGCUGUUGUUACUGUCCCUGCAUACUUCAAUGAUUCUCAGCGUCAAGCAACUAAGGACGCUGGUGUUAUUGCUGGUCUUAAUGUCAUGCGUAUUAUCAAUGAGCCUACUGCAGCUGCCAUUGCAUAUGGUCUUGACAAGAAGGCAUCAAGUGUAGGCGAGAAGAAUGUCUUGAUCUUUGAUCUAGGCGGUGGGACCUUCGAUGUUUCUUUACUUACGAUUGAGGAGGGUAUUUUUGAGGUGAAAGCCACAGCUGGUGACACCCAUCUUGGAGGAGAGGAUUUUGAUAACAGGAUGGUGAACCACUUUGUGCAAGAGUUUAAGAGAAAGAACAAGAAAGACAUAAGUGGAAACCCCCGAGCACUUAGAAGGUUGAGGACCGCAUGUGAGAGGGCAAAGAGAACCUUAUCAUCUACUGCUCAGACUACCAUUGAAAUUGAUUCGCUGUACGAAGGAAUCGAUUUCUACUCCACCAUUACCCGUGCCAGAUUUGAGGAGCUCAAUAUGGAUCUCUUUAGAAAAUGUAUGGAACCUGUGGAGAAAUGUCUAAGAGAUGCUAAGAUGGACAAAAGAAGUGUUGAUGACGUUGUACUUGUUGGUGGUUCUACCAGAAUUCCCAAGGUUCAGCAACUACUCCAGGACUUCUUUAAUGGAAAGGAGCUGUGCAAGAGCAUUAACCCUGAUGAGGCUGUUGCUUAUGGUGCGGCUGUUCAGGCUGCAAUCUUAAGUGGUGAGGGCAAUGAGAAGGUUCAGGAUCUUCUCCUCCUUGAUGUCACUCCUCUAUCACUUGGAUUGGAGACUGCUGGUGGUGUGAUGACUGUUCUGAUUCCUAGGAACACUACAAUUCCAACAAAGAAGGAACAGGUUUUCUCAACAUAUUCUGAUAACCAGCCAGGUGUGUUGAUCCAGGUCUUUGAGGGUGAGAGAGCAAGGACCAGAGAUAACAAUUUGUUGGGCAAAUUUGAACUUUCUGGCAUUCCUCCUGCUCCCAGGGGUGUUCCUCAGAUUACAGUCUGCUUUGACAUUGAUGCCAAUGGUAUCUUGAAUGUCUCUGCUGAAGAUAAAACCACUGGACAGAAAAAUAAGAUCACCAUCACCAAUGACAAGGGUAGAUUAUCAAAAGAAGAUAUUGAGAAGAUGGUUCAAGAGGCUGAGAAGUACAAAUCUGAGGACGAAGAGCAUAAAAAGAAGGUUGAGGCCAAGAAUGCCUUGGAAAACUAUGCAUACAAUAUGAGGAACACUGUGAAGGAUGACAAGAUUGGGGGCAAGCUGGAUCCUGCCGACAAGAAGAAGAUUGAGGAUGCAAUUGAGCAAUCAAUUCAAUGGCUAGACAGCAACCAGCUUGCAGAGGCAGACGAGUUUGAAGACAAAAUGAAGGAAUUGGAAAGCAUCUGCAAUCCUAUCAUUGCUAAAAUGUACCAGGGUGGUGCUGGUCCAGACAUGGGUGGUGUUGGUGCUGGUGCUAGUGCUGCAGAAGAUGAUUAUACUCCUUCUGGUGGAAGUGGCGCAGGUCCCAAGAUUGAGGAAGUGGACUAA